AUGCGCUCGGGGGGGUCCUGCCUGCCGCCUGAGAUCUACGACCUUAUAAUUGAUCUCUCGCGGGAAGAGUCAUCGGACGAACGCAACUACACCACGCUUCGUUCCUGCACUCUCACAUGCCACGCCUGGCUCGCCAGGGGCCAGUAUAACUUAUACCACACAGUCGAAUUGAACACAGAAGAGCAACUACUCGCAUUUUCGAAGUCGACCGAGCUGUCCCCACGCCUUGCUCCGCUUGUUCGGGAGUUGAUCAUAAAACAUCCGGACGAUAACAAACCCUUCAGGUUAAUGAAUAUCUUUCCUACAGUUUUUGCGCGGAGGCUCCCACAACUGAGGUCACUUACUAUCGAAUCGCCUUAUGCCACGCCGUCUGUAGCUCCCUUCCAUCCAAUUUACUUCUUAGCUAUCCACGCGUUUGCUUCCGUUACCGACCUGCAGCUCUUUCACGUCGAAUUUCGGACUUUCUUGGACUUCGCCCGCCUAGUCUCGAGCUUUCCGAACUUACUUGCCGUUGAAUUCUGGAACGUAUCUUGGCUGGGACACGGCUCAAAUCAGUUUGCGCUGGAUUGCUACAGGUCCCGCUUCCAAUGGAAUGAUCUCGUCAUCGAUGACGUGGAACUCACUGGGCUAGCUCAGUUACUGCGCGCUGUCGGCUGGUCUCUUCAGCAUCUCACAUUUAGAGCAGACAAUGAAUGGAUGGAGUCGUUCGUAUCAGAAGAAGGCUUGAGCAUGGUUCAUUUGACGAGCCUUCGGUCGCUCCAGAUUCCUAUCCGACUCGAUCGUACAGAUUUUGGCUCGAUAAAAGAGUUACUAUCUCGACAUAUAUGCAGUCAAGUAAUGUGCUCGUUGACAUUUUCAUUUCACUAUGGAUAUAACGCUACGCCGCUGGACGGUGCGAAAGAUGUGUUACUCCGGAUGCAGCGCGCGGGCAUUGAGGACAUCUUGGCCCGUCCACAGUUCUCCCUGCUAGAGCAGGUGAUCUUCCGGUUCUCUUGCGCAGGCGAUACCGAGGACCCUGCGAGAGGUUGGGAGCAGGAUAUUGUCUCUGUAAUGCCCAGAUUGCAAGAGCGAGGGAUUGCAAAGGUAGAAUUUACGAGGUGA